GGCGCAGGCGCAGUUCGCAGCGCAGACCGGGCAGCGCAGGCGCAUUGCGCGCCGCUGAGUCCAUUUCCUCUGAGGGCGCACGUCGUGUGCGUCAUACGUGACCCGGCAGGUGGGCGGCGCAGGUUUGACCUAGAGCAGCGGCCGGAGGAGAACAUGGCAGCAGCAGGAAGGCUCUCAGUGAAGGUAACACCCGAGACCCGGGGAUAGAGGGAGACAGAGGGAGAUAUGAAUUAUCCUGGCUGGCAUUAACGCAAAUUAUCCAGACUGGCAUUAACGCAAAUUAUCCAGGCUGGCAUUAACAUGAAUUAUCCAGGCUGGCAUUAACAUGAAUUAUCCAGGCUGGCAUUAACAUGAAUUAUCCAGACUGGCAUUAACAUGAAUUAUCCAGACUGGCAUUAACAUGAAUUAUCCUGGCUGGCAUUAACAUGAAUUAUCCAGACUGGCAUUAACACGAAUUAUCCAGGCUGGCAUUAACACGAAUUAUCCAGGCUGGCAUUAACACGAAUUAUCCAGGCUGGCAUUAACACGAAUUAUCCAGGCUGGCAUUAACACGAAUUAUCCAGACUGGCAUUAACAUGAAUUAUCCAGGCUGGCAUUAACAUGAAUUAUCCAGACUGGCAUUAACAUGAAUUAUCCAGGCUGGCAUUAACAUGAAUUAUCCAGGCUGGCAUUAACGCAAAUUAUCCAGGCUGGCAUUAACGCAAAUUAUCCAGACUGGCAUUAACAUGAAUUAUCCAGGCUGGCAUUAACAUGAAUUAUACAGGCUGGCAUUAACAUGAAUUAUCCUGGCUGGCAUUAACAUGAAUUAUCCAGACUGGCAUUAACACGAAUUAUCCAGGCUGGCAUUAACAUGAAUUAUCCAGACUGGCAUUAACAUGAAUUAUCCAGACUGGCAUUAACAUGAAUUAUCCAGGCUGGCAUUAACACGAAUUAUCCAGGCUGGCAUUAACACGAAUUAUCCAGGCUGGCAUUAACAUGAAUUAUCCAGGCUGGCAUUAACAUGAAUUAUCCAGGCUGGCAUUAACAUGAAUUAUCCAGACUGGCAUUAACAUGAAUUAUCCAGGCUGGCAUUAACAUGAAUUAUCCAGACUGGCAUUAACACGAAUUAUCCAGGCUGGCAUUAACAUGAAUUAUCCAGACUGGCAUUAACAUGAAUUAUCCAGACUGGCAUUAAUAUGAAUUAUCCAGGCUGGCAUUAACAUGAAUUAUCCAGGCUGGCAUUAACAUGAAUUAUACAGGCUGGCAUUAACAUGAAUUAUACAGGCUGGCAUUAACACGAAUUAUCCAGGCUGGCAUUAACACGAAUUAUCCAGACUGGCAUUAACACGAAUUAUCCAGGCUGGCAUUAACAUGAAUUAUACAGGCUGGCAUUAACACGAAUUAUCCAGGCUGGCAUUAACACGAAUUAUCCAGGCUGGCAUUAACAUGAAUUAUACAGGCUGGCAUUAAAGGACCACUCUAGGCACCCAGACCACUUCAGCUUAAUGAAGUAGUCUGGGUGCCAGGUCCUUCUAGGGUUAACCCAUUUUUUUAUAAACAUAGCAGUUUCAGAGAAACUGCUAUGUUUAUGAAUGGGUUAAGCCUUCCCCCUAAUCCUCUAGUGGCUGUCUCAUUGACAGCCAGUAGAGGCGCUUCUCACUGUGAUUUUCACAGUGAGAGCAAGCGUCCAUAGGAAAGCAUUGAUAAUGCUUUCCUAUGAGACCGGCUGAAUGCGCGCGCAGCUCUUGCCGCGCGUGCGCAUUCAGCCCAGGAGGAGGAACGGAGGAGGAGAGCUCUCCGCCCAGCGCUGGAAAAAGGUAAGUUUUUACCUCUUUCCCCCUUCCAGAGCCGGGCACUAUAGUGCCAGGAAUACGAGUAUGUUUUCCUGGCACUAUAGUGGUCCUUUAACAUGAAUUAUCCAGGCUGGCAUUACCAUGAAUGAUCCAGGCUGGCUGGCAUUACCAUGAAUGAUCCAGGCUGGCUGGCAUUACCAUGAAUGAUCCAGACUGACUGGCAUUAAAAUGAAUGAUCCAGACUGACUGGCAUUAACACGCAUUAUCCCUGGCCGGCUGGCAUUAACACGCAUUAUCCCUGGCCGGCUGGCAUUAACACGCAUUAUCCCUGGCCGGCUGGCAUUAACACGCAUUAUCCCUGGCCGGCUGGCAUUAACAUGCAUUAUCCUCCAAUAUGGUUACCAGGCUUCUUGUUCACUCUGUACUUGGUCACAUUGAUAGUCCUGGCCUUUUAAUGCAUAGGGUGUUAGUAGAUCUCCCCUUAACUCCUGAGCACCGGUUAAAAAGCUAAAGGGAGAAAAGUUAUUGUCUAUAGAAUCAGCAGCACUAAUAAGCAAAAGUAGGACAGAUAAAGUAGAGAAAGCCUCUCUCGCUGUUAAACUUACUAAAUAGGCAUAGAAGAAGGAAAAAGUUAAAUCAUAACAGUGAAGUGCCUAUUAAAAUUGACCCAUAGGAAAGAACCUGACGCGAGUUUCGGUGCUGUAUAUAUGCACCUUCGUCAUAAGGUGCAUAUAUACAGCACCGAAACGCCGGCCUCAAAUAAACUGUCUCCUUACUUUUUUAGCUGGCUCCUUGAUUCCAAACAAACUUGUCAAGCCCUGCUUUAAAUCACAAUAGCUUUAUACUAGAAACAUAGAUAUAAAUUCUGGUAGGAAUAUAAAUUAAUUCCUCUCUAUAGUAAGUCACAAUAGAUAUGUAUACAAAGUAUCACUUGAAUAAGCAAGUCAAUUGUGGAGUAUCCAAUUGUUCUAUAACUGGAACUUGGAUCAGGAUCACACAUGAAAGAAUAGGGGGAAGGAGAUAAAACAGAGGACUAAAUAGUCUUCUCAGUGCCUCUGAGAGCACCCCACUGUACUCCACACGCCCUUAUAGUGCUAAUGCUAAGAAAGAUAAAUCCUAAAAGCUAGACAACUCAAAAGUUGAAAUCAAAAGUAUGCAAAUAAAAAAACGUACUAUCCUAUUAUUGUGUGAGACAAAUCAAAAAUCUAUGUAUGCAGAGUCCUAAAAUGGAGCCAAAUCAAAUCAUCCCUCGUAUUUUAUAGAUCACAUGCAAUCAACUGACGUCCCAACGUGCGUUUUGCCACAACCGGGCUCUUUAAAUUAAGAAUGGUACAAUCUAUGUACUGUUCGUCUAAGUGGAGUUCUCCUACACUUUCAUUCAUUGGUAUAGAUAUUGACAUGUGGGGAGCUGCCAAUUUUUUAAAGCACAUUAAAUUGAAACCUAUACUAUCCUAGAUGAAAUUUAAUAAUCUGUCUUGAAUAUAAGCCAAACUUGUGUGUACCAUAAAGACAAUGGAGAAUACCAUGAAAAAGGUUAGCACAAUUUAUAGGUAGUUAUCUUUAUUUUAUUUAGUGGUGUAAUAUCCAGAGAAGGGACAACUCCCCUUUCCUGAACUGAAUUUGCAGGUUGGGUAAAUAUUCAUGUAUGCAUGUAUAAGUAACCAUGUUGGACAUGAUAAAACUAAGAUCUGAUUUUUGCAUUUCAGGUUCGCGCAUUCAGUACCAGCGCAGUCAGGCCGGCUUUAGUCAGGGUACGUAAUCUGAUUCUUUAUUUCUCAUGUAUGUACAAGCUUUUUAAGUCUGUUUGUUAAUUUGUGUGUAGUGUGUGCUCUGUUUUUCUGCCCCCCUUUUGCAUAGUUUUAUGAAACAAGAGGGGCUACGGUGUCUGGUGGUCCGGGGGGGGGAGUGGGGGGGGGGGCAAUGGGUGCAGACAACUUUAACCUUGCCCUUGCAGUCUCUGCACUCAUUGAGUCAGAGCCCAGCUGUGGGUGUUACCAGCCUGCUGUCAGUCAGUGAGUACUGAACUGCGAUGGAGCAAUAACUGUGGUCUACAACUGCUGGCAAUGCAGACCAUACACACCUAACCCUGGAUCUAAUCUUCCACGUCCUUGUAGCUGCCCUCCCACUUGCACACGACAUGGCUAAACACAGAUGAAGAAACUGGGGCCUGCCAAAAAUAUUAGUCCUAGGCAUCAGGCAUAGACAUUCCACAUUCCUGCUGUAAUUUAUAGAUGUGUUGAGAUUUAUAUUGUGAGAUUUUAGCCACGUCAUUUGUUUUGCAUGACCUUCACUCAAUGAAGUCGUUAUGGGGUAGUGUGCCUUCUUACUGUACGAGGUGAAACAGAUUUUGAACAUUUUAAACCCAAACAUAUCCCCUCAGGAGCCUGUCAGCUCUGCCUUCUGUCACAUUGAUCAGGGCAGUUUCGCCUUGAGUGCUGGUGAUAAUGCUGAGAGCAAUUGUCACUGGCCGCACAUUGUCAAUAACAAUACGUACUAUUAUUAGCGAUGGGAAGCAAGUGAUAGCAUGGGAGUGUCAGCUGUUUACUCCCGUGAGGUAAGAUGGCUCCCAGUGACUCUAGUCCCCAUAAUAAACUCAUUAAAGGGAUUCUCCAGUGCUAGGAAAACAAACCCGUUUCCCUGACACUAGAGAAUCCUGGAGUGCCCCCCUCACUCCCGCCCAUCUUUCCAUGUCCCUGAAGGGAUUAAAAUCCCUUCAGCUACUUACCUGAAUCCAGCGCCGAUGUCCCUCGGAGCUUGGUCGGGCUCUGCCCACGCUCCUCCCCCACUGACUACAGGGGAGAAUCUGAUGCUGGAGGUCCCGUGAGAACGUCCAGCGUCAAAUAACGGACCAAAAGUCCGAUACGAAUCCGGAAGUGCCCCCAGUUGCUGUCUGUUAGACAGCCACAGAGGGCAGACUUAGAGCUUCAAUGUAAACAUUGCAGCACUAAGUGCAAUAGAGACACAGAACCCAGGACACUUUAAUUAACUGAAGUGGUCUGAGUGCCUACAGUGUCCACUUAAAUGAAGUUGUUAUGGGUCAGUCUGGAGUAUUCCUUUAAAGGUCAUUGCAAACUUAUAGAAAUAAGCUGAAGAAUACAGUCGAAAAGUCAAUGCUUUAAUGUUGGUUUAUGUUAUAAAGAUUGUCUUGAAUCAUUUUAAUCUUGAGCAUAGCACUUCUGCCUUUCAUAAAUGCGCCCUAAGCAAAUUAUGCAAGUUAUAUUUGAAUCCUUUAAAUAAUAAUUAGAAUGGGAAUUCCAAACUGUUUUAGGAAGGCAUUUUAGGUGUUAUUUUUAACAGAUUUAAUUUUAUUUGUUUCUUCCCAGCCUCCAAUUCAAAUCUUUGGUCUGGAGGGUCGCUAUGCCACUGCCCUGUAUUCUGCUGCUUCAAAGGAAAAGAAACUGGACCAGGUGGAGAAAGAGCUGACCAGGAUAUCGGUGAGGACCUUCAUGAUGUGCCAAACACUCCUCAUAUGUGAAUAAAAAAUAGGGGGUCUCACACAGGGUGUGAUUUUAAAAUAAAUACAAUUUGCAAAAAUAGUAAGUGGGUAUGGGGACAGAUACAAACUGCAUUUCCACCCCUGGCUGUGUAGAGUGGUCAAUGUUGGUCUCUGUAAAAGCUUUAAAUAUGUUCUUGCAAGUAGUAACACUGUAUCAGAGCUAAAUACAUUUUACCAUCGGUAUUGUUCUUCAAGCCUGUCCUUGGGAUUAUUAUGAAAUUUGGACCUGUUAAUGGCUCUCAUUUUAGCAUAGCGAAUUAAUUGGGUGCUCAUACUAUUUUGAGAACCCUGUGCAUGGAAGCAGGACUAGAUUGUAGUAAGAUAUAAGCUGCUCACCCACUAGACAGUUUAGUUCUGUUUCAAGUGGCAACCUUUCUUUUUAGUUUUAAAUUUCACAAGGGUACUUAAAAUCACCUGUCCCAGCAAACAAAUAUGGAGAUUCAGUUCCACCAUAGGGCCCUAUUGUAUAAAGCCCACCACUAUGUCACAGCACCCCCGACAUACACUAAUUUUAACAUGGGAGAUUAACAUGCUAACUGCAACACUCUGGAUUCCAAAUAUACGUAGAACAUUUAGCAUUUUUCAGUAGUGGAGUUGAGGAGUCUCUGGGGGCAGUUUGGGCAGUGAGUGGUGGAGUUGACAUGUUGAAAUUAGUGUGGGACCAACCAAUGUUUGGGUGCUGUUGUAACAGCUUCACCUUUCCUGCCCCACACAAUAUCUUGGAUAGAAAUUAUUACUAACAAACUUGUGCCAGUGCAUUAAAUUCCAAUGUCUUGUGUUUAGGAAAUCGACCUAUUCUGUUAUAAAACAAGAAUAAGCAACGACAUUAUAAUAUUUUCAGAAAAGGGCAGUAAGAAAACGCACACAAAGAUCUCCCUCUCUCCCUUCUCCCCUCUCCCUCCUUAAAAAGCAGAGAAUUAUAAAAGUAUAAAUUCUUGUCAGAAGAGUAAAUACAAAUAUAACAUACCAAUUGUAGAUUUAGGAUCUAUCCAUAGAGUUCAGAAUAUCUGAUCCAAAUUAUUUAAACAUAGGAUUCCUUAUAUAAACUAGUAAUUUAUGAAUGCUAAUACAUUUCAAUACGCAAGCAACUUAUGCUAACUUAGGCCAACUCUAAUGUGGCAUUUUACGUAAUCGAGUAAUGAACAAGGUCAUUGAACUAAAGUAGCAUUUAAAGUUGACCUUUUAUAUGAAAGUAUGAGUUCAAAAUCCUAAACGAAUUAAAAUAACAAAACUUGGUUUGUCCACUAAGAAAAUAUUUUGGCUUCUUACAAGGCAAUUCUGAUUCUCGGGCACUUAGAGCAGAUUCUCUGAGCUGACUGACCUUGUAUUCAGUAAACUAACUGCAAAUGUUUAUAUACAUCAAUAGAACAAGUAUGUGAACGUGUUUUAGCUUACAAAGAAAGGAAUACAAUUCUCGCUCAAAGUAGCCAUUUUAUAUCCAAAUAAUAUACAUUAUAUAUUUUGGUGUGUAUGUGCUGUGUGCUUUAAGCUAUAGCCAUUACCAUGCUGUAGUGUUUAUGGUGCUUAGUGCCCCUUUAAGAUACCUUCUCUCCCCUUUUGUGGCAUAAAAAAAAGUCACAAAAACCACCACUGCUUGGGUUUUCCUUUUGCAGAAAUAGACAUUAGAAAGUUUGAUCUUGAUGGAUUUGAGUCUUUCCUUUUUCGUCAUCCUAUAUUACAAUGUAAAUCACUUCGUAAUUUAAACAGGAAAGGCGUUUCAGUGAAUGCUAACUCGGACCUUCAUUUAAGUUUUCCAAAUGAUUCAAUACUGUUCGAAAAACUGAAGAAGUCACCAUUAAAGUUUAUGGCAUCAUUUGCUGAUGCAUCAUUUGUAACGCUUUUCUAACCGUAUUGAAUAAUUUGAAAAGUGAAUUAAUUAGCUGAGAUAAUUAUGUAAAUGAAUAGUCCACUUUGUUUUUCAUGCAGUUUCAUAAUCCACUGACUGUAUAACAUAUUUAUGUUUUAGGCAGUUAUUAAAGAGCCUAAGAUUUCUGGCAUCAUCAUAAAUCCCCACAUCAAGCGUGUCUUGAAACAGAAGGCACUCAGUGAAAUUUUGGCAAAGGAGAAGCUAUCUCCAAUCACGUCAAACUUUAUCAGUAAGUAUAUUGAAAUUCUUUGAAGUAUCUCUUAGUACAAUGAUUACAUUGUAGCACUGCAAGAUUAUAUUUCCAAUAGUGCUGACAGUCAUCACGGCUUUAUAUAAUCUGUAAAUGUAGUAUGUUUGUACCGGUUUAUACUAGUUUCUUUGCAUGAAUAAUUAUACAUAUUUACAACACACUCACCACGUCCCCUGGUUUUGUAGAUUUGCUUGCUGAGAAUGGUCGCUUGCGUAAAACCUCAGACAUAUUUUCUGCAUUCGCAAAGAUGAUGAGUGCACAUCGAGGGGAGGUGCUAUGCUCGGUCACAACUUCAUCGGUAAGUCAGAAAUGUUUCCCAUUUCCUGACCUAAGCCAUAAAUUUCCACAUUCACAGAAACUUGCAUUGUCUUUUUAAUCUGACCAAAGAGUCUCUCGCCGUUGGCAACAUAACCACUACGGUGUGCUGCAGUGAUUAUUGUACUUGUAGUGUUCCUUUACUUCAGAUUGGAGGGAAAAAAGUAAAUAUAGAUACCCAAAAUGAUAAUGCCUUCUAUUAGUACUAAGAGGAGCCAAGUAGCAUCAAGUUAACCUCUUUAGGACGGAGACAAAACAAAAUCUAGAAUUUGAGCUAUAUGUCUGUUCAACCAUAAUUGAGCUCUUUCAUAUUAAUUGUACCCACACGUAUUAUAUAGUAGAAAUAGGGUUUUCAUUUCACAUCAAAUAUUUAUGUAUAGAACACAAUUUAAUAUGAAUAAAAUCUAAAAGUGUGAGAAAUUAAGAAAUGUUAUUUUCCAACUUAUGCGUGGCAUUGUAACUGUGAAUGUCAUAAUACUGUUGGUUUUUACUGCAGUACAACACAUACAUUUGUAUGCUGUGAUGUCCCACGAGUACAACGAUGUCCCCCAUGUACAGGUUUUAUGUUGGAAAGUUACAAGGUCAAAUAUAUGGAUUGCUCAUUUCAGUUUUUACACAUUGAAAUUUGCCGGAUUGGUUUGCUGGGCCUAUGCUGCCUUUUAGACCGUAUGGCAGCCCAGGAAUGAGAAUUACCUCUGUCAUGGCAUACCAUUUCCAAACGUAGACAAGCCAUGGUAUUCAAAAUGGGUUAUGGUCAGUACAACAGUACCCCUAUGUUUAGGUUUUAUUGAAAUUUACCGGGUCAAAUAUAGGGCUUGCAAAUUAAAUUCUCUGGUAUUUCUGCCUAGAAUUUCUUACCCCUCUGGGUGUGUGUUUUUUGUUUUUGUGUAUUCCUUAUUCUCGGGUACUCGACCAGAGAUCUGAGGGUCCUGUGCAGUAUCUUAGCUGUUCCUAGAAUUUCACUCAUCUGGACAGCGAUUCUAGAUGUCUGCUAAAGCCACUCCCCAAACUUGGGGGUCACAGCCCCGAGUGCUCCUAUCGCAACUGGGACUACUACUGCCUUUACUUUCCACAUCCUUUCUAGCUCCUCUUUCAGUCUUUAGUAUUGAUUCGCCAUUUCAUGUUCCUUCUUCCUGAUGUUAUGGUCACUGGUGUUCCUGAUGUUAUGAUAGUGCAACAUUCGCCUACACCGCAAUUUUUCAUUCCUUGUAUACCAAUACAAUGUCGGUUUUGUUGGCAAAUAGUUUUGUCUGGACCUGAAAGUCCCACAGGAUCUUAGCCCUGUCAUUUCUCACCUACCCUCUGUGGUAUCUCCCAUCUGGACAUGAGUAGGUCCAGCAGAUAUAUUGGUACACAAUCCCAACAACUUGGUUGUGCCUCUCGGUGUAUCCUGUCCCUGUUAACAUCUUGCACCUGGCUAUGUGCUAGAUUGUCUCAGAGGCCUAUUUGCACAUUCUGCACCUUGGGUCCUAUCUGGUGUGGUAGACCCCCUGCUUCUACUGAUCUGGUGCAGAAUGCCUGUUUCUGAGCUGCUAUGAUUAGUGCUUCAGUGCUGUCUUUUUAGUCAUAUUUUCCAAGCACUGUUAGGAUUUCGUAAUGUGAACCACAUCCAAAAUCUGCUGGUGGCACACCCCUUGGAGAGGUUUGUCUUGCCAUGGCAUAACACCUCAUUUUCUGCAUCCUCUAUCUGCUGUUGUCUCAGGCAUUCCCUUAGUAGUUCAUCUUUGGCUGCCAAAGAUAUAUAUGUGUCCCUACAGUGAAUCUGUCAGUCAUGCCAUUCCCAGUCAUGUGAUAGCAGUGUCCUCACAAUUACAUGACUUGGAUCAGCAUGAUAGACUGGCUUCAGGCAGAUCCCCCUUGAUUUGAUCUGGUAAGGAGGGGUGAGUAUUUGUGCUGGAGAGAGGGCCAGAUUGUUAUGGCAUGCUGUGCCACCUGAACGGCGGUCAAGUUCUAUUUUUUUAGAAAGGCAUGGCAUGCCCUAACCUCAAGAAGGGGUUAAUUGUCUCUGUUCCUGUUUAUGCAGCCCUAGCAUUACUUUUCCUGGCUGUUACACAGCCUAAGUGGAAAAAAUGGGUUAAUUUUCAGUUGGUUGUGAAGGCAUAGUGUGUUUACAUUAGAUGUUGUUAUCGCCUGCUCUAUUAAUUGAACUUGAAUGACACACAGGAAACUCCUGUAGGCUCUUGCAGUCCAUUAACAGAGCAGGGGAUAAGCAAUUCUAAAUUAAAGACUGUACAGUGAAGGAAGUUUAGACAUGAAAUCUGUUUACAGGAAAUGUGACUGUAGGUCAUAUGCAGGGAGGUGUAAGAGGCCUGCAUACAUAAAGUGAUUUAACUCCUAAAUGACAUAAUUGAGCAGUGAAACUGCAUGGCAUGAUCUUUACACAGAACCACUAAGCUAAAGUGUUGGUGCCUAUAGUGUCCCUUAAACCAGUUGCUUUGUCUUUUUUUUUUUUUUUUUUUUAGCAAGUAAGCAUCAACUUUUGGGCUUACGCAGAAGCCAAUUUGAAUAUAAUUUUUGGUAUUGUCAUGCAGUUCAAACAAUACAAUACAUGCCCAUUCUUGAUGAAACCAUUAGGGCCUGCCGUCCAUUAAGGGUUUUUAUAUAUGUAAUAUAAUUCCCCAUUGUUUCGGCUCGACAGGAGUAAUCAAAUGUGCAUUAGUAAUGUCGCUUGCGCAGAAGCAAACUUUGGUAUUACAUUUAAGUGUAUAAUAUGUUGUAUUUGAACCUUGUGGUAUUUGUCUUGACAUCUUUAACGUCAGUUUCCCAUCGAUAGUUUUAUUUUUUUUAGGCUUUUAGGUAUAUCAAUAGGAGUCCUAGUCCAAGAUCUGUAUUAUAUUUCAAGGUCUCCCAUUUCCUUCGUUACGUUGACCAUGCCUGAAGAGGUUUAUAUACGAAAUAUAUAUUAAAUCAGGAAAGGAAUCUUUCCGUUAGGAGUCGGGAAGUGAGAGAAAGGAGAGAGAGAGAGACUGAGUAGAUAGUACGAAAGAAAAGAAAAUAAGAGAAAGGGUGCAGCAGCCGGGAAGCGGCGAGAGAGAGAGGCUAGGGGGCGAGAGCUGGAGGGACAAAGGGCACUUCCAGGACCCCUUAUGCCAUGCGUGAUGACUUUAUCCCCUGGUAGGAGGGGACCCCCGUUACUAUGUCACCUUUACUUCUUCAUUUCAGUCUUAUCUGUCUUCCCUGGAUCCCACUACACUAUUAUCCCAUGGCUCCCAAAGUCUUAGAAAUGUUUCUGUCGAUCCCUUCACUCUUGCUGUCAGGUCGUCCAUUAUCCUACAUUCGCGGAUCCUGGAUAUCACUCCCGGAAACUCUGGUCCGUCUGGUGAUAGCCACCCAGUUGCUAUUGUUCGUCGCGCGCUUAGUUAUUUUAUGGAUUAGUUUCUGCUUCCUCCUGGUCCAUCCAUCUAUAGACCUAUUUAGUAGGUAUACCUACGGAUCCCUGGCUAGUGGCCUGUUAAAUAUUUGUUUCAGUAGAUCUUCAACUGCUUUUCAAAAUCUAACAAUUUUCGGGGCUUUGUCUGUUUUUUUAAAGUUGUUUAGUGGAUAAAACUAAUGUUAUAAUUAAGAUGGGAAAAUUAGUGUUUGUCUCUUUAUAUUUUAGCCGUUGGAUGAGGCAAACCUGACCGAAUUGAAAACUGCUCUCAAUGGCUUCCUAGCCAAAGGAGAGAUCUUGAAGCUGGAGACCAAGGUAUGAAACAUUCAGAGUUUAAUUAGAAUUGCUUUAAAAAAAAGCAUGAAACUUGUAAAUAAAUGUAUUCUUUUCUCCAGACUGACUCUUCUAUCCUCGGAGGAAUGAUUGUCAGCAUCGGUGACAAGUACGUUGACAUGUCCACAAAAGCAAAAAUCCAGAAGUUGAGCAAGAUCAUGAAGGAUACUGUUUAAAUCUAGCUGUAACUGCUCUUAUUUUAUCCCCCUGUAAUUCCUGCUGGGGCUCCUACAGUAAAUAAAUAAAUAAAUAUUGUCCUGAAGUGUCUAUUGCUGUGAUAUUUGUUUAAAUAAAACGAGGACAAUGUCCAUUUGAGGUUACUAAUACUAUUCAUCUUUAAUGAUGUGCGACCACAUAACCAGC